AUGACUAAUGAAAAGAAGGUCGAGUUUCUGGAGAUAGACAGGAAGGAAAUCAAUAUGCCUUAUGCUGACACAGCAAAUCUAGACCCUGAGUUGACUGAUAUGUGGCAUUUAAACGGUGUAAUGAAAUACCCACAUAACAUUCAAGAAGCUUGGGCCUUAGGCUACACAGGAAAAGGUAUCAAAGUUGGUGUAAUAGACACGUUGAUGCAAACAAACCAUACCGAUCUGACUAAUAUGACAACUUUAUGGAUAAUACGCACAGGACAGACAACUCCAUGGGUAAAACGACAAGGACAGGCAACUCCACGGGUAUUACGACAAGGAAACACAUCUCCACGGGUAAAACGACAAGAACAGACAACUCCUAGAGUAUUACGACAAGGAAAGACAACUCUAUGGGUUAUGCGACCAGGACACAACUCUAUGAGUAAUACGAAAAGGACAGACAAUUCCAUGGGUUUAACGACAGAGACAAACAACUCCAUGGGUAAAACGACCAGCACAGAUAGCUCGUGUAAUACGAACAGGACAGACAACUGUAAUGGUAUUACGACAAGGAAAGACAACUCCAUGGGUAAUAUGACAAGGAAAGACAUCUCUAUGGGUAAUACGACAAGAACAGACAACUCUAUGGAUAAUACGACCAGGACAGACAACUCUAUGGGUAGUACGACAUGGACAAGUAACUCUAUGGGUAAUACGACAAGAACAGACAACUCUAUGACAUCAACUUCUACUAAUUCUGGGUGUAAGGAUGGUUUACAAGGCACUUCUUUUUCCGCUCCAAUUGCAGUAGGAAUCAUCGCACUUGCAUUAGAGGCAAACAAUGAUCUUACCUGGAGAGAUGUUCAGCAUUUAAUAGUCAGAACUUCGAAACCAUACGGAUUUAAGGAUAGAUUUAAUAUUGAGAACAAAUGGCAACCCAAUGAGCCGUCAUCUCUAGAGCGUGUUCGAAAAGAUAAGUAA